AUUCAGACGAAACAAAAUGGUCGAUUGUACAGAAACGAUGCAGGUUCCUCUCCCGGUCCACCUCACUCAAAAGCUCCUCUCUUCGAUCAACAAUUCAAAGAAUGGGAAGAAUGAUGGCGAGAAAACAUUCAAUAGGUACGUCAGACAGCUGGUGGACCAGUACCUGGACAAGGAAGUUGUCAUCAGCAAGCAGCCCGAAGACAAAGUGGAACUGAUUGUGCAGGCCUGUCGGGAGAAGUUCCCAGACUUUGCUCACUGGACUACUACUCGCAUAAGGAUCUACAUUGAGUCAUGCCGAAGAUUGAAGAAAAUAAAGAACUCGCCCAUACUACUGGCCAAGAGAAAAGCUGCUGGCAGGCGAUUCCGAGAAGGGCAGAAGCUAAAGAAAAUCAUCUCGUCCCAGCUGUCCAUGCAAGCGACAGAGUCUCAGAGACACCUUGCCGAGUACCUAUUAAAAGCUAACCAGGCUCAACUUGAAUCUGCAAUCACCGAUGAACCCAUGACGAUGCUGAAUACAGAGACCGAUCUAGAUUUACCACAAAUGCCAGCUGAACACAACACCGCAUUCAAAUCUGUGUACAACUCAGCGCCCUUACUUAGCAACUCAGCCCCGCUUUUCAGCAGCCCGGCGCCAUUACUAAGCAACUCAGCUCCACUAUUCAGUAACCCAGCAACGACUGUGACAUCAACCCCAGCCUUCCUUUCCGCACCAGCACGACUAGGACCUCUCGACUCUAUCAACUCGGCACUGAGCAGUAUGAUGCCUCAACUCUUAAAAGUUCAACAAAGUCUCACCGAGACCAGCACCCCAGCAAGCAUGUUGCCCACUUUCCUACCAACCUCCUCCUCCUCAUUGCCCUCAACUAACUUCGUGACAGGGUUCCAGCUACACACCAGGAUCCCCUCGCCUCCCUCCUCCUUUACCCCAACCAUUCCUACUUCAACUACAUGCGGGGUCUUCUCCCCUAAAGCGAUCAGACCUGUCGCCAGUCCCACCACAACUCCACCUCCGAGAUGCUCUCCUCUGAAGCUGACCAUCACCCUCCCGGAUCACCCUAAUAUCUCACCUUCCUCCUCCGACAGUGGCGUAUCGUGUUCUCUCAGUUACAAUGCUUCCGGAAACGCUUCCACAUCCCCUGAUCGUUCAAUCAGCCCAAAACAAAAGAAUUUCCAGAUCGACUCUCUGAUGAACAGCGUGAUCAAGUCGAGUCCUACCAGACCAAAGAUCGACCUUUCCGAAAGGAUGAAGACCACAGAGUCGACCAUGUCACAGAUGCUGGACCGUCCUCUCUUCCCUACAGGCGAAAUGAGCAUGACGGAGAUCCUGAACGCCAAGACUCUGGUGACGAGUUACAGAGAAGCUGCCAACUUCUUGUACCGAGCAGCUUCAGAACUUGAGCAGUUGCUCCCAAAUGACCACAGAGUGUUUUGAACUCGGAAUAUUGAGUCGAAUGCGACUGAAAUGAAAUUGUGAUAUGAAAUACAUAUGUGAUCUAGAGUACAUUCAACUUUAAGAUGUAUGAGGUGUGGAUAUUUUAGAAGUAGAGCUAAGCUUCCUUCAAUGGGUUUGAACUGAAUUACAAAUGCACCAAUGUGCUGUACAGUCUGAAGGAUUACAGUCAGUUUUACAAUUAUUUUGCAUGAAUUGUUCAUUGUUGACAGUUGACCGGGUAAAGAUGGUAUUUAAAUAUUUGUACAUAUUGCGAUUAAAUUGACGAUUUGAACUAAACAUACUUUAACACUGAUAGCACGAUUAUUCUUAUCUUGAGCUCUAAACGAACACUGAGAGAAUGUUUUUAUUUAAGUAGUUUAUUUAUGGACCAGAUCUUUCAAAUCAGUUUAUCUUUUUA